UCCAUACCCUAGCCUCCAUUCCACCCCGCCGCCCAGCCCAAACCCAACCCCGCCGCCGCCACUGCCGUCGCCGCCGCAGCGCGCGGAGGCGACCACCCCGCCUUCGCCAAGAUGCAGAUCUUCGUGAAGACCCUGACGGGCAAGACCAUCACGCUGGAGGUGGAGUCCUCGGACACCAUCGACAACGUCAAGGCCAAGAUCCAGGACAAGGAGGGGAUCCCGCCGGACCAGCAGCGUCUCAUCUUCGCCGGCAAGCAGCUCGAGGACGGCCGCACCCUCGCCGACUACAACAUCCAGAAGGAGUCCACCCUCCACCUGGUGCUCCGCCUCCGCGGUGGCAUGCAGAUCUUCGUGAAGACCCUGACGGGUAAGACCAUCACGCUGGAGGUGGAGUCGUCGGACACCAUCGACAACGUCAAGGCCAAGAUCCAGGACAAGGAGGGGAUCCCGCCGGACCAGCAGCGCCUCAUCUUCGCCGGCAAGCAGCUCGAGGACGGCCGCACCCUCGCCGACUACAACAUCCAGAAGGAGUCCACCCUCCACCUGGUGCUCCGCCUCCGCGGUGGCGCCAAGAAGCGCAAGAAGAAGACGUACACCAAGCCCAAGAAGCAAAAGCACAAGCACAAGAAGGUGAAGCUCGCCGUCCUCCAGUUCUACAAGGUCGACGACGCCACUGGUAAGGUCACCAGGCUCAGGAAGGAGUGCCCCAACGCUGAGUGCGGCGCCGGGACCUUCAUGGCAAACCACUUCGACCGCCACUACUGCGGCAAGUGCGGCCUCACCUACGUCUACAACCAGAAGGCUUAGAGGUGGCUUGCGAUUGCUCUUCAAAUUGAACUCAUUUAUAUGUGUCCCGUUUGUCUUUGAAAACUGAAACCUUGGAGUAUUAUGUUAUCUUUCCUGGAUAUUACUGAUAUGCGAUGUGGGCUUAAAUUUUGGUCA